AUGUUGGGUAUUGAAUCUGAAGAAACUUCGCAAACUGAUAAUUCGCUAGAAGUUGAUGAAUUAUUAGAAGACAAUCUUCAAACUGAAGAUUCCCAAGCCAAUUCAAAAAAAUAUAAGCGCCGUCGUAAAACAAAUAAAAAAUCUGCAUCAUGCUGGAAAUAUUUUAAAAUAGAAAAGAAUUGUGGAAAAAAAUUUAAAUAUCUUCCCGGAUGGUCAACGACCAACAUGAAUUCGUAUCUUGCAGACAAACAUGAUAUAGCAGAAUUUCAAAAAAACCAGAAUAAUACAAAAGGUUUCCAGCAAACUAUCACUACUAUGCUACAACGUGUUGUCCCUCACAAAGGAACUAAAAAACUUAAUAUUUGUCGCACUGUUGCGGAAUGGCUUGUGAUUGAUAAUCGACUAUUUGAAGUUAUUAGCGUAGAAGGGUUUCGUAGAUUUAUGUUGCAAAUAGAUCCUGCCUUUC